AUGCCCAACCGCCAGCCGCUGGGCGAUAUCGAUCGCAAUACCUUGCCAGUUACGCCGCCGCAAAAGAAGCCUCGCGGCAAGACGGCUACCCCAAUUACUAAGCGAAGUUACGCUGCAGCAACAGCAGCCCAGAGAUCGCAGCGAUCCUAUCGCCAACGCAAGCAAGUUGCUGUACUGAUGUACCUUGAGCACCACCGAUACCCAAUUGAGCCUUGGCCUGUUACCCGUCAACGCACUGGCGAUACCCCUCUUGACCCUGCCAACGGCCUACGCCGCCCAACCUUUGACGAGGCAGCCAGUUAUUUCAAGAUCCCUCGCACAACAAUUCGAGGCUGGUACCAGCGACGAGAUACUAUCGUCAACAACCCAGCUGCCAGCAGCAACAGCAGCCAGCCCAGCUGGCCCGAUCUAGAGACUGACCUCUAUACCCAAUUUCGCCAGCAACGUGACGAAUCUAGGGUUGUUACUACUGGUUGGUUCAGACGUACGGCAAGAGCCCUUUUUGCCAGCAGAUACCCUGGCCUAUCUACCUUCCGCUUCUCUGUUGGUUGGUUUAGCGGUUUCCGCAGCCGCUGGAAUAUUUCCCAUCGUCGGCUCACAAAGCAGGCCUCAAAGCUGCCUGCUGACUAUCUUGUUAUUGUUACCCAGUUCCUUCACUUUAACCGGCGAGUUAGUCAGCCGGCACUGGCCCAGCUGCCUCUUGACCUAUCAACUGGCCUUCGAUUUCCAACCCAUCGCAUUAUCAACUUUGUCGAGACCCCUAUACCCUUCGAGUAUCUCGAUGGGUCAACGUGGGCUGACAAGGGCGCCCGUACCGUUGCUGGCAAGACCGAUCGCAGCGGCUGGAGCAAGCGCCAGGCCGCCCUUAUCCUCUAUAUCUUUGCUGAUGGUAUCCAACGUAUCCUGCCUAAGCUUAUCUUUCACGGCAAGCCCAGCAGUCAAGGCGGUCAGAUCGAGGGCAACGAAGGCAGUAAGUAUAGCAGCCAGAUUACUGUCGAAUUCAACGAUACUGCCUAUAACAACGAGUAUCUGCUUGAUAGGUGGAUAACUGAAGAGUUCCUCCCUUUGACAGCUGGGCAAGAGUAUCUGUUGGUUAUGGACGUUGCCACCUUCCACAAGACCCCAUCUAUCCUAUCUCGACUUCGCACUAACCACAUCACGCCCAGCCUUAUACCGCCCGGCACAACCUCCCUUCUUCAACCUCUUGAUACUGCCGUUAAUAAGCCCUUUAAGCAGUGGCUUUCUGAAGCAACAGACAACUACGUCUAUAACGCAGAGCAGCUGGCCCAGGCAGCUGGCCAGCCACUUGUCUGGACGACGUCAAUGAAGCGUAUUAUGGUUACCCAUACAGUGGCAGCAGCAGCCAGCCGGCUGGCUGCUGACAAGGCUGCCCAGAUGGUCCAGCAAUCCUUUAUCCAAUGUGGGAUAUCUGGCCACCCAGAUGGCAGCGAUAUAGCUAAGAUCAAGGUGAAGGAUACGCCAAUUGAGACUAUUCUAUGGGAUGGAUGGGAUACCUUUGAUUGCGAUAAGUACGUCAAACAAGAGAUGCUUUUAGACCCAGAAAUCCUUGACGUACAUGCUGCUGGGGACAAUACAGAGUACAUAUCUACAGCCGAAGACGUCCAGCGGCCUACUUGGCCCUGGGACCUCUAG